AUGUCUAUACUCAUGGCUAUCGAUACGGAUCAGGUAGUAGGCCAAGGAAGUGGUAUAAAAGAAGAGGGGCUUUGGGCCGGGCAAGGCCCAGCCGAGAAUGUCUCUGAAGAAGAGUUUAGAAGGAGCUGGGAGAAAGAGCAAGCUCCUAGACUCGUACCCUUGAUGAAGAAGCAUGGGGCCUUAUUCUACUCCCAAGUACGUACCCAUCCCACCCCUCAUCUCGCUCAUCCUGCCCCGCUCGUCUCUCCUCCUCUUCUUCUCAUAAGAAAUAUGGUUCAAUAUCCCUUUUCUACUGACGCUGCUUGGGUGCCGAGAAAAGGAGACUGCUAUCGGAUAGCCUUCGAACAUAAUAAUGUAGUCAGCCAAGCCAUGUACAAGGACGAUGCCCAUACCCUCGACUAUGAUGGCAUUGCCACCACCGUAUUCCCCUCCGUCGAAGCCGCAGAAGCCUACAUCAAAGACCCUGAGCAGUUCAAGAUCCUAGGAGACGGCUCUAGAGACUUUAUGGAACACCCUAAAUUCCGUGUUGCUGGAGGCGAGGAAGUCAUCUUUCUUAAUGCGUUGAGUAAUAAGUAG